CAAGAGGAUUAAUAUACAUAUCCACAUAAAAGGAAGAUUCGGAUACACAUCCAAACUAUAGAAAACAUUAGUAAUGCCAUAAAUAAAUAAAAAUGCUGUCAAGACACAAAAUUCGUUGAAUGUUAUAGUCUUCACAUAAAACUGUCAUAAAUCUGGAUACGUUCUAAAAAUAAUUGAUCUAAUCUAAAUCUAUAAGUAGUUUCUUAUUAGUAGAAUCCUUAUGAAUCUUAAUUUGAUCAAGACAGAAACGCUUUUGUUUACUUUUACCUAAUGGUCGAUGGUGACGAUUCUUUCAAGAGACCCGGAGCUGUGCCUUUUAAGUGGGAGAUCCGACCCGGUGUACCUAAAACCCGACCCGGUGAUGAUGAUCCAGCUCUUCUUCAACCACCUCCUCCUAACAAACUUCCUCCUCUCAAAUUAAAAUCAACUCCGCCGUCGAAUUCGCCAUCUCCGUCGUCUUCUUCUUCUUUCUUCUCUGAAUCCAGAAGCCGACCAGUCUCUCCCUUCGCUCCUCCUCCGUCUUUCAAGCUGAAAUCGCCUUCAGAUUCCGACUCCAACUGUUCAGCAUCUCCGACUCCAUAUUUCCGAUCUUCUUCUCCUCGUGCCGGUGGCUCAUUGCCUCGGUGUUUUUUUCCCAAGUCAUUAUUUGGGUUGAAAAAGAGUAAGAGCGGCGAUUUAAAAAAGACCGGUCAGCAGGAACCAUCAUCAACAACAUCGGAGUCUGACAAUUUCUAUGAAUCGGGAACAACGCUUUCUCCGUCGGAAGAAGAUUCUAGCCAGGGAUCGCCGGUAUCUUCGAGGUGGAGUUCGCCGAAAUCGUCCUUCUCUUCUCGCCGUGGUUCGCCGCUAAAACGGACUGAUUCGGAUUUAAGCUCUUAUGAGAAAAAAACCAUGUUAAUGAUAGCUCGUUCCCGCCUUGGUUAAAUGGUUAGGCUUAAAAAAAAAAAAACAUCUUAGAGAUUAAUCAAAUAAAAAUGAUUUUGAGUUUUUCAUUGCGACAAGAACGAAUAUGUUACAUGUAGAUUUGUAAUGAAAUUGUCUAUAUAUUAUCGUCAAAA